UAGGGCUUAGAUAAGAAGCCUCAGUUUUAAAACCCUAAUUAACUCAUUUUACGCCUCUUCUCUCAUUCUCCCACCCGAAAACCCUACUAACUCUCACUCUCAGGUAAGCCAUGGUGAGGCAUAACAAUGUUAUCCCUAACGGGCAUUUCAAGAAGCAUUGGCAAAACUAUGUCAAGACUUGGUUCAAUCAACCUGCUCGCAAGACCAGGAGACGUCUUGUCAGGCAAAAGAAGGCUGUGAAGAUCUUCCCAAGGCCAACUGCUGGACCUCUUCGCCCAGUUGUUCACGGUCAAACUUUGAAGUACAACAUGAAAGUCAGGGCUGGAAAAGGGUUCUCCCUUGAAGAAUUGCAGGGUGCUGGUAUUCCCAGGAAGCUUGCUCCCACCAUUGGAAUUGCAGUUGACCACCGACGCAGAAAUCGUUCACUUGAAGGUCUGCAGACAAACGUGCAGAGGCUGAAGACCUACAAGGCUAAGCUCGUUGUCUUCCCAAGGAGUGCAAGGAAGUUCAAGGCUGGUGAUUCUACUCCAGAGGAACUUGCUAAUGCUACCCAGGUUCAAGGCCCGUACUUGCCUAUUCAGAGUGAGAAGGCACCAGUGGAGCUUGUGAAGGUUACAGAAGACAUGAAGUCUUUCAACGCUUAUGCUAAGCUUCGUCUUGAGAGGACAAACAAACGCCACCAAGGUAUUAGACUGAAGAGGGCGGCUGAGGCUGAGAAGGAAGAUAAGAAGUAAGGAGUCUUCAGGCUUGGAUUAUUAGGGAAUCUUAAAUCUUUCUUGUCUAAAUUUUGGCUCCAAUUUUGUGUUUUAUGAUAUUUUGCCGAGACUGCAAUACUAAAAAGACAGUAGUUUCUUUGUUUGCGUAGACAGAUAUUGUUGUUGGAAUCUUGAAUGCACUUUAGUUGCCAUGAAUGACAUAUUUGUUGCUUGCAAGUGCUUACGAGCUGUGCUGAACACAUCGGUAGCACUUUGUCUAUUGGCCAUGAUGCAUAGUGUAAUUGGUGUAUGUGUGAUUUCUAUAAAAUCAACAUAUAUAUUUUGAUGUCUUA